CUUUCUCUCUCACACACAAACACACACCACCUCACCUCAAAAAACCUCCAUUCUUGAACCAAGCAAUUAAAAGCAUAUUCACAUUUUCAAGAAAUCAAUAAUGGGAACCGACUCCGAUUACGAGUGGGAGAAGGAAGUUGAGGAGUUUCAGAAAACGAAAGCCGGUGUAAAAGGGCUUAUAGAUUCCGGCAUUACAAAAGUUCCGAGGUUCUUCGUUAGUAGUGCGUCCCAGAGGUUUUCGAACGUAGCUCAAACGAAGGAUGAACAAAUUCAAGCUCAAAUUCCGGUAAUUGAUUUUCGAGGAAUCGAGAAAGGCGGUGGGGCUCGACGGAUAGAGAUCGUCGAGGAGAUUCGUAGAGCAUCGGAAACUUGGGGGUUCUUCCAAAUGGUCAACCAUGGAGUGCCUAUGAGUGCAAUGGAAGAUAUUCUAGAAAGUACUAGAAGAUUCCACGAGCAACCCAAGGAGGCGAAGAUGGACCUCUAUUCUUCGGACGGUAGGCAAAACGUGAGAUUCUAUACCAUAAAUGGACAUCUCACGAAAUCGGAUGUAGCGAGUUGGAGGGAUGCAUUUGCUUGCACGUUUUUGGAUGGUGUAAUGGACCCCGAUGUUAUUCCUCCGAUUUGCAGGGAGGAAAUCACUGAGUACAUGAAGCACAUGAUAAAUCUAAGGGACAUUUUAUCGGAGCUAUUAUCGGAGGCUUUAGGGCUGAGCCAAGACUUCUUGGAGAAAAUGCAGUUGAUGAAAAGUGAGUACUUAACAUGCUUAUAUUAUCCAUCAAGCCCCGAACCAGAUAAAACGUUCGGCACAGUCAAACACUCCGAUCCAACAACUUUGACCGUUUUAGUACAAGAUAACUGCGGCGGCCUUCAAAUACACCACUGCGGAAAUUGGGUCGACGUGCCUCCAAUUCCAGGUGCUCUAAUAGCCAACAUUGGAGAUCUUUUACAGGUACAUUUUUAUAUACUCGAUAUGUUUAUUAUCAGUAUAUCGAACUAA